GAUAGAUCCGCGGUCCGUUGGUCAAUGUUGUUCGGCGGUUGCUGGGGACCGCCUACGAGCUCUCCCAUAGGCGGCGCAGGAGGACUGGGCUCGGCGGGGGACACGGCGGCCGCUGCGGGGCUCGAUCGGGCAACGGCGACGGCGGUGGCGACUGGUCCUCCUCCUUCACCCAACUGCACGUCCUUUUCUUCCUCUUCCUUUUCUUUCCGGCCGCGUAUCGUCCACUUCCCCUCAAGGCGGCCCCUAUCCUACGUAAAGGCAUGACUUCCCAGCACCUCAGGGAAAAUAGGGUGCAAGCCCAGAAACUAUUUCCACACCACCACUUGUUGAAAAACUGAUUCGAAGGCAUCUCCGGGUUUGAACAAACUGAAAGUGCCAGGAUUUCAUGCGUCUUUGGUUUUGCGCUGGAGACCCUUCGCUACUAGAUAUCAAGACGAAAAAAACUGGAAACUAAUCUGAACCCUAUUCAGAGUCAGAAUGGAAAGAUUUGUAGUGACAGCACCACCUGCUCGAAACCGUUCUAAGACUGCUUUGUACGUGACUCCCCUGGAUCGAGUCACCGAGUUUGGAGGUGAGCUGCAUGAAGAUGGAGGAAAACUCUUCUGCACUUCUUGCAAUGUGGUUCUGAAUCACGUUCGCAAGUCUGCCAUUAGUGACCACCUCAAGUCAAAGACUCAUACCAAGAGGAAGGCAGAAUUUGAAGAGCAGAAUGUGAGAAAGAAGCAGAGGCCUCUAACUGCAUCGCUUCAGUGCAACAGUACUGCGCAAACAGAGAAAGUCAGUGUUAUCCAGGACUUUGUGAAAAUGUGCCUGGAAGCCAACAUCCCACUUGAGAAGGCUGAUCACCCAGCAGUCCGUGCUUUCCUGUCUCGCCAUGUGAAGAAUGGAGGCUCCAUACCCAAGUCAGACCAACUGAGGAGAGCAUAUCUGCCUGAUGGAUAUGAGAAUGAGAAUCAACUCCUUAACUCACAAGAUUGUUGACAAGGAGGUUACCACCAUUGUGAUCAAGAUAAAUAAUGUGGAGUAUUAAAGUUAUGUGUUGAUUGUGUGGUUCAUUUUUAUAUUUAUUUCAUUUUAAAUCAUGUGAUGCAGAAUAGUUUUGCAAUGUAUAUAUAGUUGCAGGCAAAAAAAAAGAAGAAAACAUAAGAAAAAAAGAAACCUCACUGCAAAACAUAUUGUUAAUUUUAGUCACCAAUGGUGUAAAGCAAAACUUAGGGUUUAGAGUGUGCUAGGAUACCUGAAACCUGAUGGUUAUCUUUAAAAUUGAUGGUUUUUCUCCCGAAAUGUUUGUGCAUGGAAGAACUGCCCUGCGUUUUAAUCCCAUUGCCAUGUAUGAUUAUUCCUUGUGAGAUUACCUAACUACUUGGAUUGAAGACUAGCCUAGGAAAUUGAAGCUGCUGCCAGGCAAUACCACUCAUAGUAACUUAAAGGAAUUAUUUCUGAUUAGAGGAUCCUCAAAAAGGAAGGGAUGGUGGGAAACUAUUCUUAUAUCUUCAGAUUCCUAGCAGAAAAUGAUUGUUUAUUUCAGACUAUGCUUUACUUGUAUAUGAUAUAGUUAACUAUCUUUCAGUUCCUCACUGUCUUUUUUCCUUUUAUUUUUUAAGGCUUAUUGUAUUUAGUAGCAGCUUCAAGUGACCAAAAGACUAAAAUCUUUUAAUUAAGUCAGUGCCAAAAGCCACCGGGAAUUUUGCAGUGACACGAUUUUAGUCUCGUACUAUAAACACAAAUUUUCGAACCAUAGCUUUCAUUUCAAGCAUCAUCUUGAAUUUGCAAACUUUUUUUUUUAUGUCAUGGUGUUAAAAGACUUCAAGAUUGGCAUUUUAAUUUAAACAGGUAGACAUUUUAACGAUUGAGUUUCCUGUUUUUACAGAGAAUUAGUAAUUACUUUUUGGCUGACAGAUCAGAUGAUAAGGAAAUUACUUUUUAUGCAUUAAUUUUUCCACAGGAUUUUAUAAGAGUUUAUUUAGAUAGACUAGAAACAAGUUUACUUACUUUCACUUUUAUGUGCUUUGCCUCUGGUGGUAUAAGGUUUUUAAACAUAGAUGGUAAACCAUUGUCUAAAAAUACUGGCAAGAUUUUUGUAAUGGAGAUCUGGCAGUAUCCUGCAUAACUGAUUGGGUGAGGAAAUAAUCAAUUCUGUUAAAGGUCAACCAUGUUCAGGAAAUGAUCUCUAUCUAUCUGAAUUCCACUAUCCUGUAAGGUUAUUAAAGUGGCUUAGCCCCAGGUAUGUCCUCUUUGUUGGAUACCCAAAUUAUAUUUUUUAAAAAUUAAACAGCUGAAAACUUGGAGUAGAGCUUUAAAAAAAGUCUUAAAGUCUUUGAAAACAUUCAAGUUAAAAAUCUUUAUGAAGUAUAUUUCUAUUACAAAGCACUGAUGAAAGAUGCCCUAUGUGACUUGGAGUUAUCUUUGAGGUCAUUUUACCACAAGUCUUCAUUAAAAAACAGCCAAAGUGAAUAAGAAAAAGAUUAGAUAUUAUGUUUUUCAGAAUCAGCUUUCCAUGUCUAAGUUUUUUUGGUGGACUUAAGUUCCUAGUAUGAGGUGUCAAAGUGCCCAUCUUAUUUUAGAUUUUAUGUGGGCUUUUUUUUGUUGUUUUUAAAUAAGUCGGCCACCAAAAAAAAAAAAUCACUUGUCAAAAUUUGAGCUACCAGUUUUUCUCAUGUUCAGUUAAAGUAGCACAAUUAAUGCCCAGAAUAGUGCUCUCAUUUGUUAAGCACGUACAAGAGGAAACCAGCGGCAAAACAUAACCAAAAUGUACUUUGCUUUUACUUCCUCUAGUAAAGAAUUUGCAGGCAACCAUGUUUAACUUGAAUUAUCUAAGAAAGAUGGUACAAGAUCUAAGAAACUCGGAAAAUAAUUGAUUUUUAUAGCAGUAUUUUCAGAAUACAAAGAUAAGGUUAGAUAUACAAUCAUUCUAAUGUUUUCAAGACUUUCAUGUGAUUCAGACUGCUCCCUAUUUGGACAUUAAUUUGCACUAACAGCAAACACAUAGUGGCAGAAUGGCUUUUAGUAGUCCUAAACAGUAAACUGGAUGACGUUGUACUAGAAAAAUACUGAUAAUUCACAUUUGAGUUUCUAGCAGUUAUUACUAAUUUGAUGAUCAUUUAGGUCCCAUAUAGCUUAAUGUAUUUCUCCAGGCUCCUAACUUUUCGUAUAUCCAGUAUAUCUAGGGGCAUAAUCCGUCCUCCUGUUAGGAUUAUAUCAUGUCCUUAGAAGCGUUUUCCAUCGUGUUGUGGAGGUUUAAUGUGUUUCUUUACUGAUUAUGAAACUUUUCGUUCCCUGAAACUGGUUAACUUUACUUCAUAGUUAAAAAGAUAAGGCAGAAUGGUUGUCUUAGCCUGCUCAAACUGGUACAAAUCUGUGAAACCAUGGUUAGCAUACGUUGGGUAACAAAUGGAGAAUGUCUAAGAGGCAUAUGCUGCUGUGGAGGUGUGGACGUGUGUACAGAGCUCUCAAUCUUAACUAUAUAGUGUUAGUGUGAUGCUAUACUAUUGGGAAAAAUAGCACAUUUUUUCUAUUUUAUAAGUUGUAUGCAUACACAUAAUAUUUGUAAUGUUUCAUUUAUAAACUGCCUUCAACACAUGCUUACCUGUUAAUAGUGUUUUCUCAAAGUAUGAUAGUAUGUCUUCCAGAAUUUCACUAUAUGCUUACAGUAAAUAGUUCCUAGCUUGCUGAAAUGUUAAAUUCCUUGUUGGUUUCUUUUGAUUCUCUGGGGCAUAUAGCAAGCCUGAAAGACAUUAUAAUCAUUUCUUACAGGGUGGAAAUUUAGAAAGAUUGUGUAUUGGAGCCUAAAUAGUUAUUUUAUUCAUUAUCAUCUUUGAGUAAGACUUUUUUUCUUUCUUUUUUUUUUUUUUUUUUUUUUUUUUUUAAACAAACGUUACUUCCAGUUAACGCAUUUGGCCCUACUGAAUUUCAGGGACCAAAAUACCAGUACUUUAAAAGUUCUGCAUCUUACAGUUGUAACCAAUUAAGUAUCGGCUUGGGAUUGUUCUGAAGUCUUCAUUGCUUAAAAACUAUUGUAAGUAACAGUUGGCAAGAUCUCUAAGCAGAAAGUUCCAUGUUAAAAUCUUUUGCCUGAAAGAAUUUGUAUGUAAAUGUUAAUGGAAAACACAUUUAAACAAAAUAAAACGUAAGGUGGCCCCAAACAAAAGCCACAAACAAUUUGUCAUUUGGUGCUUAGUCUUUGUAAGGGCUCUCUGUGGUUUGACUUGCCCCAGCUGCCUUUAAAUGAGUACAGAUCACCUUAAAACAUGUUUAUUAAAUAGAAGAUUCAUUCUAUAAUUUAAUUGAAAAUCUUAGCCUAAAGUAAGUUGCUUUGGCUUCUAGUCAGCACUGAUUAAAAUGUGAAUAGUGAAGUGACUAUCCUAAACCUGGUUUAUCUCAAUCCAUACUACCAUAGACUUUUGAGGUAAAUACAGUUCUUAUGUAGUGGUAUUCUACUUGUAUCCAGAAUACUGUAUUCAUUAUAAUUUUACUGUGUUCAUUUUUGUAUUCCCUUGCUUAUUUUUUUUGCUCACGCAUGUAUCCUUAGUAUAAAUGUGUCGCUUUUAAAGUUUUGUCUCUGUGACUUUUAGAAAUAAAUUUCAAAAAUUGUUUCAGAAGUUUUUGAAAGCAUGUUUUGUUUUGUGGGUCAAUAGCAUAUAUUUCAUAAUUCCAACAGCUUAAU